AUGAGCCUGGAAAUGGAAACUGCCGGGGAUAUUCCCGGAAAAGCCAAGUCGAGUACAUUCUCGAUAAGCCCUAUCAACGACAUCAAGCGGAAACACAAAAAGACCAUCAAAUCGACCACUUUCCCAGUUGAAAGUCAGCGCUGCUGCAGAACGGACGAGAAGAUGACAGACCACAGAUGGAUGCACUUCAGCAACGGCGUCGUGCCGCCAAAUGCCGUGGUGGCCGGUCACGAUUCGGAUGGCGACACCAUCUACGUGGGGCGCGCCUUCUUCUCCAACGACAUGCUGCCGGCGAAGGUGAUACCCAACAAGGGCAAGGCCUACGUGGCGUAUGCGCGCGAGGAGCACGAGCUGGAGAACUACGAGGUGCUGUCGGGCUACAGCUACGAGUGGCUGCCGGCGGAGAAUGGGGCGGUGCCGCCGAGCGCCGUCAAAGUGGGCCGUAAUGUGGACGGCGAGUAUUUGUAUGCGGGCCGGGGCUAUCAUGCCGGUAGCCUGACCAUGGGCAAGGUGCAUCCCUCCCACGGCUGCCUGUACAUCCCCUACGAUGCCGAUGAGGUGAAGAUCUUCGCCUACGAGGUGCUUAGCCAGCCGGAACGCUGGAUCGACACCACCGCCACAAGCAUUCCGGAUGGCGCACUGAUCGCUGGCCACGACUCCAACGGGGACACCAUCUACGUGGGCCGCGUCUUCCGCAAUGGCGACCUGCUGCCCGCCAAGGUGGUGCCGGCCAAGGGCAAAGCCUAUGCCGCCUAUGCCCAGGCGGAGCACGAGCUCACCGAUGUCCAGGUGCUGACCGGAUCCGGAUUCCGCUGGGUGCCGGCCUCGCACGGCAAUGUGGCGCCCGGAGCACUCUCCUCCGGCCCAAAUGUCGACGGCGAGUCCCUGUACGUCGGCAGGGCCAUCUACUGCGACAGCUUGAGUGUGGGCAAGAUCCAUCCCUCGCACGGCUGCAUCUACAUCCCCUUCGGCGGCGAGGAGGUGCGCCUGGAGAACUACGAGGUUCUGGUGAGGAUCUAGGCCCCGUCUAGCCAUGCCCUCAUUUCAUUCUUUUUUUUUUUAAUAAAUCUAUUUUUACACAAGAAGUAUACAGAAAAAUUCGUAGUUUAAAACGCUUGGUUGGACACUUGGCAGCGUAACUGAUAAAAUUUAUGGUAAUGCACUCAGUAAUUCCCAGAAAAAAAAAGUCCCCCAUUCAUAGAGUUGUGGUUGUCAUGGAAUUUUCGAGCCACUUCUUCUAUAUAUGUGGGCUUAGUGUUAUCAUAUCGGUUAUCAAUUAACAACAAUCAAUUGAUUAGUUGGCCAUAAAUUUGCGUCAGCUUGUAGCAUAAUUAACCAGUUGCCUUCGCCCACUGACUUAACACAAAACACUGCAUCGUAAAACUCAGCCAGAUAUCGCAGUUAUCAGAUACUGUGUACUUGCAGUCAAUUCAAUAUAACUCGACCUU